AUGCUUGAAGGCUUGGUCGCCGGACUCCUCAACCGCUUUCUCGGCGCAUACGUCCAGAACUUCGAUCCAGGCCAGUUAAACAUCGGAAUAUGGUCCGGAGAUGUUAAACUACGCAAUCUCCAGCUCCGCCGUGAAGCGCUCGACAAGUUCAAGCUUCCAAUCGAUGUCAAGGAGGGAUACUUGGGAAGUCUGACAUUGCAAAUUCCAUGGAGUAAUUUGAAGGGAAAGCCGGUGAAGGUGUUGAUUGAGGAUGUCUUUUUGCUGGCGAAUCCGAAAGCGGAUCAGGAGUAUGACGAGGCCGAUGAGGAGAGGCGUGCACAGGCAUUGAAGCAGGAGAAAUUGGAUUCUGCUGAGCUUCUGGGUGGAUCUCGAACAGUGGAGAGCGACCCGAAGGACGCAAGCUUUACCGACUCGCUCGUCACAAAGAUCAUCGACAACCUCCAAGUGUCGGUCAAGAACAUUCACGUACGAUAUGAGGAUACAGUCUCUGAUCCCGGACACCCCUUCGCCGUCGGUGCGACCUUGUCCGAAUUUUCGGCCGUGAGCACGGAUGAGAAUUGGCAUGAGGCUUUCGUUCAGGAUAGAGUGGAGACGACCCAUAAGCUUGCUACUCUAGGAAGCUUGGCGGUAUACUGGAAUACAGACUCGCGAUCGCUGGCGAGCGAGAACGGAGCCGAGGUACGCUCCGUGGAGGAGCUGAUCAAGAUCUUCGGGAGCCUCAUCGCCAGAGAAGGCCAUCUCCCUGAUGAGCAUCAGUAUAUCUUGAAACCUGUCAGCGGUACAGGUAAGAUUAACUUGAACAAGAUCCAUAAGGCCGGUCUGCCAAAGACGCAGGCUACCGUGUUCUUCGAAGAGCUUGGGUUUGUCCUUGAUGAGGAGCAGUACCGCGACGCGCUCAUGAUGCUGGAUCAAUUCCACUUCUUCAUGAGACAUCAGGAAUACCGGAAACACCGCCCCACUAGAUCGGUCAAGGAGGAUCCGAAGGCGUGGUUGCGUUUUGCCGGAGACGCUAUCCUGCGCGAAGUGCACGAGAAGCAUAGGAAGUGGACUUGGGCGCACUUUGCAGAGCGAAGAGAUGACCGACAAGCGUACGUUCGUCUAUUCAAACGGAAGGUACAGGAGACCAUCGCGCUGGACGAGACGGAUCAGUUGAAAGACCUGGAGUGGAAGCUGAGUUACAAAGAUAUCCGCUUCUACCGGUCGCUGGCUCGCCGCGAGCUGAGGAAGGAGCGUGCCGAGGCUGGACCCAUCAAGAAGCAGGCUGAGAAAGCUCAAGGUUGGUUGGGGUGGGUCUGGGGCUCGCACCCGAAGAAGGAGGAUGAGAAUGAUACCGUCAUGACAGAAGAGCAGCGGAAGGAGUUGUACGAUGCGAUCGAAUGGAAUGAUAACGAAAUACCCGACGUUGCAUUAGAUCUCCCUCCGGAACAGCCUACAAUGGAGAUCCAUGCGAAGCUGAAGAAGGGCGGGUUUGCGUUGAAGAAGGAUCCGCAUAAUAAGUAUGCUGGGGCGAAUGAUAUACUUUCUGUAAUAUGGGAGGGAUUCGGAGCUGGGUUCAAGGCUAGGCAGGAAGGAUUUUGGAUCAGCCUGGGGCUUGGGUCGUUGAAGGUUUAUGAUGGUACCACGGAGGGUAACGUAUGGCCACAAAUCGUUAAGGUUAAGAACGAAGCGAAACUUAAGGAGCUCGAGGAUAAACCGGUGGAUGAAUGGGAUGGACAUGGAGAGGAUCCCUUUUUCCAUAUGGUGUUCGAGAAGCAUCCGUUGGAUAAGCGAGCUGAUUCUGCGGUUACUGCUCGUUUGAAGAGUACGGAGAUUGUGUAUAACCCUCGGUGUAUCGAGACCAUUGCGAGGUUCUUGCGGCCGCCGGCUAGGCAUAUGGAGAGUAUUAAUGCGUUGAUGGAAGCUGCUGGUGCGACUGUUGAGGAAAUCCGCAACCAGACUCGUGCGGGGCUGGAGUUUGCUCUUGAGGAGCAUAAGACGCUCGCUGCGAAGCUCGAUUUGCAGGCUCCGUUGAUCAUCAUCCCUGAAUCUGUUACGGAUAAAGAUGCUGAUUGUAUCAUUUUGGAUGCUGGUCAUAUAGGGUUGGAGAGUGAUUUGGUUGACAAAGCCAAGAUUCGUGAGAUUCAGGCGAAGCAGAAGACGCAGUACACCCCGGAGGACUGGAAAGAAUUGGAAAGUCUCAUGUAUGAUCAGUUUGAUUUGAGUCUAACGUCUACCCAACUCUUGAUCGGUCCGAAUGUUGACGAUACCCUGGCUACACUGGCGUCUGACGAUCAGAAGCAUAUGCAUGUCGUGGAUAGGAUCAACAUGACUUUCAAGGUCGAGAUGAGUAUUCUGCCCAAAGCGCCGAAUCUUACUAGGGCGAGGGUGUCUGGGCAUUUACCUAUUUUGCACGCAAGCAUGUCUGACGCGAAGUACAAGACCAUGAUGAGGAUCAUUGAUGUUGCUAUCCCGCAUCUCGACGAUGAUGAGAAGCCUGGUCAGAAGCAGCGCAAGGCUUCGUCGGCUCGGAAACCGAAGGCUGAGGGCACGAGGAAGAGGCGUCCUAGUUUCUUUGGUAUGGAGGAGCCUGAGUUAAUAAUCGAUGACGCUUCUGUAACUGAAGUUGAGGACGAGGAAGACGAAAACGACGACGUCGACGACGAUGUCUUCGUAGAUACCGAUGACUCUGCAAACACUGAAGAGUCGCAGAUCGUGCACCGGAAAAACUUCGAGUUCAACUUCACUGUUGAUAAGCUGCAGGGUAGUUUGUACAAACAGAAUGCGGACAGGACAAAGCCAGAUGAGCUUCUUGUGGACAUCGUGUUGGAACACUUUGCUCUGGAUUUCAUGUUGCGGCCUUACGACAUGGUAGCUGACAUCGUCUUGAAGACUCUUCAUGUCGAAGAUCGGAUGGACACACUUUCUCCGCCUGAGUUCCGGAGAUUAAUCACGUCAGCUCGUGUUGGAGCUGACGAUGGAGGCGUCCAGCCCGACCUCGUGCACAUCAAGUACUCGAAGGUGGACAAGGACUCGCCAGAGUUCAUGACCGUGUAUGAGGGUAUCGAUCAGAACGUUGACGUGAAGAUUGCAACGGUCAAUGUCAUCAUCACCAGGCGCAGUAUCCUUACUUUGCUUGACUUCAUCGUUCAGACUUUUACCGGCGGCAACGGAAAGCAGCCUCCACCACGCGCCAUUGAAGAUGGGGACAGCAGCGAUACAGACAGCGCCGUCCAGGAGGCUGAUGGCAAGAUCAGAGUCAAGGUGGAUCUCUCCGAGGUUAUCGUGAUCUUAAAUCAUGAUGGAAUCCGCUUGGCCACACUGACGCUUAGUGAAGCUGACGUCGGUGUGUUCGUGAUGGGCGAUACGCUUCGAGUCGGAGCAAGGUUGGGCAAUCUCUCGCUAGCAGAUGAUGUCAACCAGGGUGCUUCGGCUACGUCGCAGUUCCGUCAGCUCAUGAGUAUUGAAGGGGACGAACUUGCAGACUUCCGAUACGAGACGUUUGACCCGUUGUCACCAUCAUAUCCUGGCUAUGACAGCUCCGUUUACUUGAGAGCGGGCUCUCUCAAGGUGAACUUCAUGGAGGAGCCCUUCCGUAAGAUCAUUGACUUCGGUGCCAAAUUCGCCAAGAUGAAGGCGAUCAUCGAUGCUGCACGAAUGGCCGCCAUGAACCAAGCCGCUCAGAUCCAAGAGAACGCAAGCAAAAUGCACUUCGAUAUUCUGAUCCGGACACCCAUUGUGGUUUUUCCACGUUUGGAUAUUACUGCAGGUCUGUAUAAGGACUUGAUCAUUGCGAACCUGGGUGAAAUCUAUGCGAAGAACCAGUUUGCGCCCCUUCAUGAAGAGGAGGAAGGAUCACCAAUUGUGAACAAGAUUGCAGCUGGCCUGCGGUCGAUUCGUCUUGGAUCCGCACUCUACAUCGAUGAACGCAAGCAGGAGCUUGACAUGAUCGAAGAUGCAGAUAUCACCUUCAACGUGGUUUACGAAGAACACAUCACGAACUCAAAGAGGCCAGAGGUGGAAGUCCAGGGACACAUGUCUGACCUCAACAUGCGUUUGACUGAGACGCAGUAUAAGUUUCUCAUGGAGUUAGCUCAAUCAAUCCCGCGUGCAUUCGCUUCGGAGCCAGAAGAUGAGGACUCGGAACUUGUCGAGCUGGAGGAAGACGAAGAUGUUGAUCCCAGCACCCCGACUGAGAAAUCUGCAUCCACUAAGGUUGAUAUGGCCCCGGAGUUAGGUGCUGUCACCGAAGAUGGGAAGCGUAUUACCACAUGGUCAAAGCUCGACCUCGUCUUCAGCCUUAAUACCGUAUGUCUCGAGAUUUUCCAGAGCAGCGAGUCCCACAAUUUCGACGAUAUUGAUCGCUCUACUUUGUCGAAGUUCAGGCUGUACAAAACGCACGUCAAGAUGAGAAUGCUUACAGACGGUUCAAUUGAGUCCGAGGUGCGCCUUAAGUCUUUCACAGUCAAAGACACUCGCAAGGACAAGGCGAAUAAAUUCCGGGAAGUGAUUCCUGCCGUGACGCAUGGUGGUUCUCAAUUCAUGGCUUCCGUGACCAUGUCAGGUGGAGAUGACAAAAACAUGGUGGUUAUUCUCACUGUUGACAGUCCCAAGAUCAUCUUCUCUCUGGAGUAUAUAUUCGCCUUGAAGGACUAUUUCUUAUCGGCCUUCUCGGACAGUGCAGGGGUUUCAGAAGCAGUUGACAUGCAAAUCGAAGAAGCCUUCCCAAGCACGGAUGCUAGUUCUACACAACUUGCUCAGACUGGAGGUACUUCGCAGAAGACAUUCGGAAAGAACGCACCGAAACCGGCGGCAGCGUCCAAGGACGAAGGCGGUAUGAAUCUAAGAUUCCGCGUCAACGUCGUCGAUGCAGCAGUCAUCCUAUUGGCCAACUCUGCCAUCGCGAAUUCUGAAGCCAUCGUACUCAGCAUGAAGCAGGUUAUCAUCGCCCAAGAAGGAAUUAUGGCUCUGUCGGUGGACCAAAUGGGCAUGUAUCUUCGUCGCAUGGAUAUACCGGAAGAGAACAGACUACGAAUUGUAGAUGACUUCAAUAUGCGGUUUGCUAUGGAUGACAGGGGGUCCGAUCUACAGCAGCGUCUUACAAGCAUCGACAUCGAUAUCGAGCCUUUGGUUUUGCGUGUCUCAUUGCACGAUAUCCUGCUUGCUGUCGCAAUUAUCAGCAAGGCUUCGGAGCUCUUACAAGGAGGUCAGGCUACAGAUGAUGCUCGCAAGCGAUCUCGCUCAUUGUCACUAGGCGGAGCCUCUGCUGGUCUUCGAAAACGUACAGCUAGUGGCAAUGUGCUAACGGCUGCCUCGAGGAAGCCAUCCACGUCCUACAGAACGCGAACUACUUCAAGCACAACACAGCGCCAAUCAAUAGAUUCAGAUGAAUCUGCAUUCGUCAUCAAGCGUGAGGUAUUGAAAGCUAGUAUCGACGGCUUGAGGCUUGUGCUCAUUGGUGAUCUUCAUGAGUUGCCGAUGGUGGACCUUUGCGUGAAGAAGUUCGAUGUGAACGUAAGAGAUUGGUCCGGCGAUUUGGCGAUGGAUACCAAUAUUGAGACUUACAUCAACAUCUACAACUUCUCCAACUCACACUGGGAGCCUCUGUUGGAGCCUUGGCAGGCGACGUUCCACAUGGCACGAAAGAGUAAUCCUGACUGCUUGACGAUAGACCUGAGCUCGCGUAAGCGAAUGGAAAUGAUUGUGACAUCUAAGACGAUUGCUACAGCAUCGAAGGUCAUCGAGUACAUGUCACAGCCUAAGGAGGAUAUUCUCAGCAAGCCGCGGGGUACAGAUGCGCCUUACAGAAUUCGCAAUAAAACAGGCCACACCAUCAAUGUUUGGGCAGAUGCCGGUGCAGCGGAGAGAGAGCACGGCUCUGCAGUCAGGAUCGAGGACAGUGCCGAAGUUCCUUGGCGGUUCGAAGAUUGGCAACGCAUGCGUGAAAACAUUCGCGGUGAUGCUGAAAAUAACACCGUCAGCGUCAAGUUAGAAGGUACCUCCUGGGACACUAUUCAGAAAGUACGCAUUACACGUGAGGGUGAGUCGCUGUACCAGUUGCAUCCCGACCAGCAGAAGUACCAUCUCCUUUGUGCGGUGGAACUGGGUGAAGACAACGUGAAGUAUAUCACUUUCCGUUCUCCGCUGUCCAUCGUGAACAACACCCAGGUCCCUAUCCAAAUGAUGGUUUUGGGUGACAGCGGCAACUACGCUCAGAAGGUGUACACCUUGAAGCCUGGUGAUAGCGCCUCCCCAUCCAUCAAAGCAGCGUACACUCAAAGGCUCCGUUUGAGGCCGGAUCCAGGCUUGAACUACGCUUGGUCUACAGAAACGUUGGUAUGGACUCAGAUGCUGGAGAACGCCACCAAGAACAUCCAGUGCAAGUCGCUUGAUCCCAUCACGGAGGAAGGAAAACAACCUCCGCCCUUCAACUUCCAUGCGUUCGCCGACUUUGACAGCAGCGAUCCAUUCACCAAGAUUAACCCCUACAUGACCAUUCGUCUCAGUCCGCCAAUUGAGAUUCAAAACUUGCUUCCGUUUGACUUCACGUACCGAAUCUAUGACAAGCAGAGUAAGGAGGAUUGGACGAACUUCUUGCGCAAGGGUGGAACAAGCCCUGUUCAUGUUGUUCAGAAGUCGCAUCUCCUGCUUUUGUCCGUGGAUAUGGAAGACCAGGUCUACAAGCCUAGUACUUUCGCCAUCGUGAACAGCCCUGAUACAGAGGAGUAUCGCUUGGAAUCCAAGCUUGUUCUUGCGGACAAGCAGGAUUUGAAGCUUCACCUCCGUAUUCAGUACACCGAGAUCCCUAACUCCGGUGGGGCUUACCGUGCGUCAGUAUACUGCCCGUACAUCAUCCUCAACAAGACUGGGUUGGAUGUCCAGGUGAAGUCAAAGUCCUUCCUCCAGUCCGCCCGUGUUGCAGCUGGUCAGCUCCGAUCAUCUGAUGGCACCAAGUCGGCUAUUCCGUACAUGUUCUCUUACCACACAGAUGAACGCGGAAACCGGGCUGUUCUGAAGGUUGGUGAUUCGGCAUGGAGUAAGCCGCAGAGUUUCGAAGCGAUCGGCAGUGCUGUUGAAGCCGUCAUUCCUGCCGCGAGUGGUAGCCAGGAGAUCCAUGUUGGUAUCAGCGUGGCCGCUGGUGAGGGCAAGUACAAGCUGACCAAGGUCAUCACUUUGACACCAAGAUUUGUUUUGAAGAACAACCUUCCCGAGACGCUUAACAUGCGUGAGCCUGGGUCGACAAAGAUCAUGACCUUGAAAUCAGGCGAGAUUGCUCCGUUGUACUUCGUCAACUCGAAUGCAUCAAGGCAACUCAGUCUCUGCUUCCCCGGAAUCAACUCUGAGUGGUCUGCGCCCAUCAGUAUCCAAGAUCUUGGACACAUGCAUGUGAAGCUGAACAAGGAGCACAACCAUCAGGAACUUGUCAGAAGCGAUGUAAACAUGGAGAAUGCUACCGUCUUCGUCGGCUUUAGCUUCGAAUCUCCUAGUCGCUGGCCGAUUGUGAUCAGAAAUGACAGUAGUACCGUUUUCCAGUUCUGGCAGGCUGAUCCAAACUUCACGGAGGAGAAUCGCGCGAAUCUUAAGCCGAAGAGCGGCACAAAAGUGCGCGAGAUAGUCGACAAGUCGGAGAUGCCGUACGCAUGGGAUUACCCUGCUGCUCGGGAUAAACUCCUGAUAAUUUCUGCGAACAACCGCGUACGCCCUGUUAGGCUGGAGGAGAUUGGAAACCUUCGACCCAUGCAACUUACGCCCGAUAAGAAGAUCGAGAUCAAUGUUGUUGCUGAGGGUCCGACCUACGUGCUCUACUUGUCAGACUAUGUGGAGCAGGAGAGUAGGUACAGACCGAGGGAGAGCUUCUCGAGGUCUAGAACCUCUUUGCGCAGUGAAACGGACUCGGUCAAUGACUUUGAUUUGAUUGAGGCGAACACCCAUGUCAACACCAAGAUUCAGGUCCGCUUGGAGGGUAUUGGAGUGUCGCUAAUCAAUAGUCGUCUCCACGAGCUGGCUUAUCUCACUUUCCGAGGGAUCGAGCUCAAAUAUGCUCAGUCGCCCUCUCAUGAAUCGUUCAACGCCAUGUGUAAGUGGAUCCAGAUUGAUAAUCAGUUGUACGGUGGUAUCUACCCCAUCAUCCUUUAUCCGACAAAGGUUCCGACUACGGGUAAAGAGAUGGAUCAGCAUCCUAUCUUUCAAGCUGCAAUUCAGCGGGUGAAGGAUGAUGCGCAUGGUGUCAUCUUCAUCAAGUAUGCGACUAUGCUGUUGCAAGAACUAAGCAUGGAGAUGGACGAGGAUUUCUUGUUCGCGCUUCUGGACUUUACGAAGGUUCCUGGCGCGACCUGGUCUGAGAUGAACGAAGGAAAGCUUUGUGAUGAUACUUUGACGAUUCCACAGCCAAAGUCUGAUGCGUCUGGCAUGGAUCUCUUCUUCGAGAUCUUGCAUAUCCAGCCGGCACAGUUCAAUCUGUCGUUCGUCCGUACGGAGCGCGUCAAUGCUGAGGAUAGGACGACAUCGCAUAACCCUGUGAUGUUCUUUUUGAACGUGCUCACGAUGGCGCUUGGUAACAUCAACGAUGCACCUGUCCGUUUGGAUGGAUUGUUGAUGGAGAACUUGCGCGUGACUACCCCAAUGUUAGUUCAACGCUUUACGAAGCACUAUGGUGAUCAGUUCUUGUAUCAGGUACACAAGAUCCUUGGGUCUGCUGAUUUCCUUGGUAACCCUGUUGGGUUGUUUACGAACAUCAGUUCUGGUGUGGCCGAUGUGUUUUAUGAGCCGUAUAAGGGCUUCGUCAUGAGUGAUCGACCUCAGGAUCUUGGAAUCGGGCUCGCGAAGGGUACGGCUAGUCUUGUCAAGAAGACUGUCUUUGGUGUGACGGACAGUGUUUCCAAGUUUACUGGCUCUAUCUCGAAGGGAUUGGCUGCUGCGACGAUGGAUAAGCAGUUCCAGGAUAGCAGGCGUAUGUCGCGUAUCCGCAACAGGCCGAAGCAUGCGUUGUUUGGCGUCACUGCGGGCGCUGACUCUUUUGUGAGGAGUGUUGCUAGCGGUGCGACUGGUAUUGUCACGAAACCCAUGGAGGGUCUGCAGCAGGGCGGUGCAGGUGGUCUGUUCAAGGGUAUCGGGCGAGGUCUUGUCGGUAUGGCGACGAAGCCCAUGAUCGGUGUGUUCGAUCUUGCGAGCAAUGUCACUGAAGGUAUCAGGAAUACCACUACGGUGUUUGACGAGAAUGCAAUUGAUCGUGUCCGCGUCCCACGGUAUAUCGGCCGUGAUGGAGUCGUGCGGCCGUAUUCGCAGCGUGAGGCUAUUGGGCAGCAGUGGCUGAAGCAGCUGAGCAAUGGGAAGUUCUUCGACGAGGAGUAUCUUGCACAUGUCGAUUUACCUUCGCAUGAGCUCGUGGUUAUGGUUACGUACAACCGGAUCAUGCUUGUUCGUUCCCGGCGGUUGACUACGGAGUGGGAUAUCUCGUUGCGAGAUCUGCAGACGAUCUCAAUUGAGAAGAACGGGCUGUCGCUCAUUCUUAAGGGAGGAGUUCAGGGACCUUUUGUUCCGAUCCCAGAGCAGAGCGCCAGGGACUUUUUGAAGAAGAAGAUUGGAGUUGCGGUUGCUGAGUUUAACUCCCACCACAAGCACCGGGUUGCACGAUAA